AUGAGAAUGCGAAAUGCCUUCAACACAAUGUCUAAUACUGCUACUAGUAGUAAUCCUACAAAUCGGAUACGACUAAGAAAAUCAAAAGGUGGUGGUGCAGCGACGAAAUUACCACAUCAGGUGCUUAGAAGAAAUGAGCGAGAAAGAAAACGUGUCCAACAGGUAAAUCUUGGAUUUAUACAUCUUCGUGAUCGGGUGCCGCAUUCAGCAACUAGCAAGAAACUGAGUAAAGUAGAAACACUUCGUGAAGCAGCUCGAUAUAUCAAGCAUUUGCAAGACCUGUUACAAGGCACCUGCGAUAAACCAUUUGAACCUUUGAAUACCAAUCAAGAACAGCAAAACUGCCACGAUAGUCCAUGUUUUUCAGAAGAAAAUCAUUAUCCUAUGUCAGAUCAGACAACCGGUAUAUGUCAAUUUGGUUGUAGUAAUGAACCUUUUUAUUAUCAACCUCAUGCUAAUAGUCCUUUUUAUUACAAAUCACCAACCUCAUUUAAUCCGAAUAAUGCGGCAGUUAAAUCCGAAAAUGAAUCGUUGAGUACAUCUUCCUCUUAUUCCUCAUCUUCCUUAAGUUUCACCGAGAUUUCACGGUUUCAACGAACUGAUUAUGUAUUGUGA